AAACGAAACACAAGCAGAAGAAUCUUUACGCGGAAGUCCUGCCUAAAGUGGAGUCAUAUGACCAAGCAGCAGCCAGAGAAAAUGCUAUCUAGAAAUGGAUAAAUUCCUCAGCAAGGGUGACUAACCUGCACGACGAAAACGAUGGAGGAGAUCAAAGUGUCUCCUGACUAUAACUGGUUCAGAAGUACAGUGCCACUGAAAAAGAUCAUUGUUGAUGAUGACGACAGUAAGGUGUGGUCGUUGUAUGAUGCUGGGCCAAAGAACAUUCGAUGUCCCAUCAUCUUCCUCCCUCCAGUCAGCGGAACAGCAGAGGUCUUCUUCCAACAAGUCCUAGCUCUUACCGGCUGGGGCUACCGCGUCAUCUCUUUGCAAUAUCCUGUCUACUGGGACCUUAUGGAGUUCUGUGAUGGCUUCCGCAAGCUACUCGAUCACCUUCAACUAGAUAAAGUCCAUUUAUUUGGGGCCUCUCUUGGGGGAUUCUUGGCCCAGAAGUUUGCAGAGACAACACACAAAUCUCCGCGGGUGCACUCGCUCAUAUUGUGCAAUUCUUUUAGUGACACUUCAAUCUUUAACCACACAUGGACAGCAAACAGCUUUUGGCUAAUGCCAGCCUUCAUGUUGAAGAAAAUAGUCCUGGGAAACUUUGCUAAAGGGCCUGUGGAUCCUAAGAUGGCAGAUGCUAUUGACUUCAUGGUUGACAGACUGGAAACCCUAAACCAAAGUGAGCUGGCAUCCCGGCUAACAAUGAACUGCCAGAAUUCCUACGUGGAGCCACACAAAAUCAAGGAUGUUGCUGUUACUAUUAUAGAUGUAUUUGACCAGAGUGCAUUGUCGUCUGAAGCUAAAGAGGAAAUGUAUAAGCUGUAUCCCAAUGCCAGGAGGGCACAUUUAAAAACAGGAGGAAACUUCCCUUAUCUGUGUCGCAGUGCUGAGGUCAAUCUUUAUAUACAGAUUCACUUGAGACAGUUCCACGGGACGAGAUACGCUGCCAUCAGCCCUGAGAUGGUGAACGCAGAGGAGCUGGAGGUGCAGGAGAGCAGUUUGACCCACUCUGAGGAUGACCAGUGAAACAGACCAUAUGGACACUACAGACAGAACAGACUAUACUAAACUGUGGCCAUAUGGAACAGUGAAAUCCCUCAAUGCAUUUUCUGAGCUGGUCAUUUCACAAUACAUCUGGAGCAAAACUGUCAAUCAAUCUACACCGGAAUAUAUUUUUUAUUUUACAGAAAAAGCAAUAUUUUCAUAGUUUUUGUACAUAAAUAUCCUAUAAUACUCUCCUUUAAAGAAAACAACAGGACUUUGCCUUAUGUGAGAAGGAUUUGAGAAACAUUGCACUCAUAAAUGCCUAAUGUUGUUGCCUCAAAGUGUACAGAAUUACAUACAAAUAAUGCACUGGAACCAGAUCAUGUUUCUAAAUUAAAAAUCAUGAUACACUUUUCA